CGGAAGAAUGGAGGCGGCGAAGCGUCGAGCGGCGCCGGAGCGCAGGACGCCUCCGGCCGGUGGAGAGGGCUCCACGCCGCGGCCGCGGCCGCCGGGGGACGCCUCGCCGGUGCUCGUGAAGCUGCUGGCGGCUUUGUUUUACGGCGUCAGCUCGUUUCUCAUCGUGGUCGUCAACAAGAGCGUCCUCACGAGCUACAGAUUUCCAUCGUCCACAUGCGUUGGCAUCGGCCAGAUGCUGGCUACGAUCGUGGUGCUGAGGACUGGGAAGAUGCUGGGUGUCAUUUCUUUCCCAGACGCAGAUCUGAGCGUCCCACGGAAGAUGUUUCCACUGCCUCUAUUGUAUGUUGGGAAUCAAAUAUCAGGACUGUUUGGGACACAGCGGCUGAAUUUACCCAUGUUUACCGUUCUGAGGAGGUUCAGCAUCUUUUUCACCAUGGUGUUCGAAGGCCUCCUGCUCAAGAGAACCUACUCUGCUGCUAUUAAAAUGACGGUGUUCACCAUGAUUUUGGGGGCGUUUGUCGCAGCCAGCGACGAUUUAGCCUUUGACCUGGAGGGAUACGUGUUUAUAAUGCUGAACAACGUCCUGACGGCGGCCAGCGGGGCGUACGUCAAGCAGAAACUGGACUCUAAAGAGCUGGGCAAAUACGGACUCCUUUAUUACAACGCGCUCAUCAUGAUUUUUCCUACUGUGGCGUACGCUCACUACUCCGGAGACUUGCAGAUGGGGUGGCAGCAUGAAGGCUGGUCCGACUGGCUGUUUGUGGUGCAGUUUGUGCUCUCCUGUGUCAUGGGCUUCGUGUUGAUGUACUCCAUCUUGCUGAGCACGCAGCACAACUCCGCCCUCACCACCUCCAUCGUCGGCUGCAUUAAGAACGUGGUGGUGACGUACAUCGGCAUGGCGUUCGGCGGAGACUACAUCUUCACCUGGACCAACUUCCUCGGCCUGAACAUCAGCAUCGCCGGAAGCCUCGUUUACUCCUACAUCACCUUCAUGCAAGAACACACAAAAAAGGCGUGAAGAACUACAACCAGCGCACAUCAAGCACGUGGACAAGUUUAACUGUUUUACAGUUUCAUUAUUUUUAUAAUCACGAUUUGCCUAUUUUCUUGAUUUUAAAAGACUUUGUAUGAAAAUACACUGAAAUCGACUCAUUCGACUCGUGUCUUCCUGCAUUCGCGACCCAAGACACGACAGCCGGAGUUCAUUAAUACAUUUAUUAAAUAUAGCCAAUGUUAUUCCAUUCAAAGCCAGUCAUGGAAUUACACUUCAUUUUAAUCCAUGUCAUUUACAGAGGUAAAAAGAUCACCAUCAAACGAAGGAGGGGAAGGGGAAAAGAAAUUGACCGUAUCGACAAUAUUUUUAAACUUAAUUUCUUAAAGUCAAACACUGAAGCAUUAAGCCGAACAGCUGCUGUACCAAAUAAAAACGAAAAAGCUAAGGUCUUCCACGUCACGCCGCAGACCCUGGAGAGACGGGGAUACUGGCAGCACAGGAAUGCCGGGGAACUGGAAUGGCUACUUUCAUUUAUUAUUACAUCCAUCUUGGGAGACGUUUCCUGACAAAGAGCACAGCCGAUGAGGAAGACCCCAGAAUACAGAGAUGAACAGUUAUA